GAGGAUCCAAAUUGCAAUAAUUGCAAUAUUUUUAUUAAAUUAUUAGCAAUUUAUUUAUUUUAUUUGAAUCCAAAUUAAUCACUCCUUUAACAAAAUUGAUUACAUAGAAAAUACAGGAGGAUCUAAAGCGGGUGGAGAAACUGAAGAAAGGGGCGGAAAUUUCGAGGUAUAAACAACUCAUCCUCUCCCAUUACUCACCGCUCUCUAUCCACCAAGCGCACAUUGUAAUCCUCGACAUCUUCUCAUUUCUCACACCGACAAAAUCAGCUCUGUCGAGCUCCGAUUUCCUGUUGGAUCUCUGCGGUUAUUGACAACUGAGCACCAUGGAGUCUGCCGCCGCUCUCCGCUCUUUCGAUUAUGCAGUUGGAACAAAUUCCCACAUUAAGUCUGUUCUUCAAAGACCUGGCAUUGCUGCAUACUGUGACCUAAGCAAAUUGCCUGCAUAUGGUGGAAAGAAUCUUUCAUCUAGAAAAAGACACGCGGCACUACUUGUUUCAUGUGCAAAGACAUCUGAAGCUACUAUUUCAGCCAAAGGUGAUCCUAAUGGAGCUGUUCUAUCAGAUAAAAAAUCAAAUGGCGCAGUAGAGAAAAAGACACCAAUAACUGCAACAUUUCCCACUGGUUUUGAGACCCUGCUGACCGAAGUUUGCGAUGAGACAAAGAUCGCUGAGCUGAAAGUCAAGUUAGGAGCCUUUGAGAUCCACAUGAAGCGGAAUAUUGAUGGCCCGCCAAUCCCUGCACCUGUUGUUCCUCAUGCAACAGAAUCUUCUGCACCAAGUAAACCUGCUGUUCCUCCUCCUCCAUCUAAAUCUUCUGCAGAAAAAGUGAGUUCAUUUACAAAUGUCUCUGCUGAGAAGGCUGCCAAAUUGGCAGCCCUGGAUGCUUCUGGAUCCAGUGGGUAUGUUAUAGUAUCAUCACCCACGGUUGGUUCAUUCAGAAGAGCCAGGACUCUCAAAGGAAAGAAGCAACCACCUGCCUGUAAAGAGGGUGACCUGAUCAAGGAGGGACAGGUGAUAGGCUUCUUGGAUCAGUUUGGCUCUGAACUCCCUGUCAAAUCGGAUGUGGCUGGUGAAGUCCUAAAGCUCCUUUUCAGUGAUGGAGGUGGCGCUAUUCACUCUAUUUGCUAUCUUGGUUAUUUGAUAUACUGCUUAGUGCUGAUAUACAACGCAUCUGCCGCCUUGUUCGAGGCGCCUGUCUUGUAUUCAAUGCGGAACUUGUACCCCAUCAACUUCCGUACGUAUAGUUGCUGAUCCGGUGUCUGAAUU